AUGAAUAUUCUCAACUGGAAUGUCAGAGGUCUGAUGGCCCCUGAGAGACAUCGGAUGGUGAAACGCCAUCUGGAAAAAGUAGCAUGUGAUAUAAUAAUGUUCCAAGAGACGAAAUGUUGCACUACGGAUGGAGAAAGAUUUGUAAACCAUUGCAGGGGUUGGAUGGGCACUUUUCAAAAUGCGGAGGGACCAUCUGGAGGAUUGGGAAUUCUAUGGAACCCAAACACAAUAAAUGUGUCAGGAGUCAAUAAAAGUAAAAAUUGGAUUUCAUGUCAAAUUCAAAGCAAGUUAAAUACUUCAUCUUUUCUAUUAUGGAGUAUCUAUGGGCCCAGUCAUACAGUUGAAAAAACCAAGUUAUGGGAGGAUCUCAACCAACAAAUUCGACAAAGUGGUACUAAGAAAUUUAUUGUUGAAGGGGAUUUCAAUGAAAUUAUGGAUCUAUCAGAAAAGAACAGAGGCAUGAGUAUAAUAAGUAGAGAUAUGUUGGAUUUUAGAGAAUUUGUUCAAAAGAUUGAGGCAGUGGACUGCAUACCAUCAGAAGGAUGGUUCAAAUGGACAAAUAGGAGGAUGGGUUUUACAAACAUUACAGAAUGA